GGGGCAGGCGUGUGUUGAGCAGCAAUGGCAGGAGUGGAGUGUUGUAGUAUGAGGGUGUUCAGGAUGUAAUUUUCUUGAAGUUUGUAAAUGUUUAGAGGUUAUGUGUUUUGUGUGAUCAUCCGAACAAAUAUCAAUUACUUCCAUAAACAGCGUUGACCAAUUUGUCUUUGUAAUGGAGAGAUACUAUGUUUCCUGUAAGGACUUGAAGGGCGCACUGGGUCGAGAUGGGCAAGUUGCUGUCGAAAAUUUUUGGUAAUAAGGAGAUGAGAAUACUCAUGUUGGGGCUAGAUGCAGCUGGCAAAACAACAAUUUUGUACAAAUUGAAAUUAGGUCAAUCCGUAACAACGAUACCAACUGUAGGGUUUAAUGUAGAAACAGUUACGUAUAAGAAUGUUAAAUUUAAUGUUUGGGAUGUGGGAGGACAGGACAAGAUCCGACCACUGUGGCGACACUAUUAUACAGGGACACAGGGCCUCAUCUUUGUUGUGGACUGCGCAGACAGGGAUCGUAUCGACGAGGCUAGACAAGAGCUUCACAGGAUAAUCAACGACCGAGAGAUGAGGGACGCUAUCAUACUUAUUUUUGCCAACAAGCAGGACCUGCCUGAUGCAAUGAAGCCUCAUGAGAUCCAGGAGAAAUUGGGGCUGACGCGGAUACGUGACCGCAAUUGGUACGUCCAACCAUCAUGUGCGACGACGGGCGAUGGCCUAUAUGAGGGACUGACAUGGCUCACAUCCAAUCACAAGUUAUGAAGCUGCCAGCGAUUGCUCGCCACCGAAUGGAUGCAAUCCCAAGAGACACGAAUGUUGUAAUACAGUGCAUUCUGGUGGCAAGCUUGUGAAGUGAAGUUGUGCGCAACAGGAUUACAAGUUCGUUAAGGGAUUGGGAACAUUUUGGGACAUCUGUAUUUUCCUGUUGGAUAUUGACACUCUGUUAUAUCUGUUGUAAAAUUCUUUUUAAAGUUCGUACAGAUUUGUAGUAAUAAAUUUGCAGAGGAGUAUUGAGAAAGAGCCAAACAAGAAUCAAAAAGAGAUGAAACUUGAAAACAUUAGCAUGAGUAAGAGUGGACACAAGGUUUUCGUAAGUAUAAGAGACAGGUGAAGUUGCUUUCUAUUGUUUUUUCAUAAUAAGGCAGUUAGAUAAGCUAGACAGUGACCAAAAUGCGUAGUGCACCCAGGACGGAAGUUACUUGCAGGUGCCGUAGUUAAUUUAACAAUGCCUUAAUUUUAUUUUAUUAUUCUUUCUUGUUUGGUCUGAUACGUACAAAUGCUUGCAAUAAAACCUAAAAGUCAUCCCCUUCUAAUCUGUGGGAAGAAUUGUUGUCAGCUAAUUAUCUUCUUAUCCCUGAUCUGCAUAAGAAAUUUGUUCAGUUCAGUUCUUAGCCACAUCACAGUUAUCUGUGCGUCAGAAUUGCAAUUUCAGUUGUGGCUAGCCCGGGUUGCUUCUCCCGCCACGGUAUAAUAAUAUUGGAAAUCAAAUUAAUACACAGAGUAAUGUAGUUAUUUAAACAUUUGUGCGAGUCCAUAAUAUUUUAAAUUAUGGAAGCAUACACUUGUUUUCUUCACCCCUUGCACAGAUUAUGUUAUUUAUGUUUAAACAUUCUGUCAUUCCUCACUUUGUCUUGAUACAGUUUAAAAUAUAAUUUUGGUUUAGUUUAAGGCAGUAAGGAACAGGGGUGCAAAAAUUGUGAAAGGAAAAGUAUUAGAAACAUUAGAAAAAUGUGAGUUAUGAUCAGGAAAGAACUACAUUUUUCUAAUGCUUUACAAUAGUUAGUUUCCAACUAAUUGGGCUUGUCAUAUCAAGUCCUGCUUAUGAUUUGGAACAAGUCGUCGUGUUUCUAUGUGCCACAUUGCCUCAAGAUGACUUCAGAUUGAAUGUAACUGCAUAAAAUCAGACGCAGGAAGUCGGCAUGCAGCACUGUUAGUUCCGUUUUACAGCUACACCGAAUAUAAUUAUACUGUGUUUAAAACAUCUUUUGAGAGUACAUUAUUGUCGGAUACUUACACUGAUCGUUACCUCGCUGUUAGAAAGUUACUAGAUUUUGUUUUGAACAUAUGAUGGGAACUGAAUUGGUCUUGUUGAAUGCUCAGGAUUUCUGUGGUGUGAAGUAACCCCUUUUAAGGUAUGACAUACCUCAGAUCUUUUUAGGCAAAGAAUGUCAAUAUGUUCAGUGAAAUGCGUGUGUUAAUAUGGUAGUAUGGCCAUUAGUUGUCACCUGAUUUGAGGUUUGAUAUCUCAUCUUUUGAAGAUCAAACACUCUCUGCGAGAUGUGAGAAUAGGUCAUAUGUGGCCUGAUCCAUGAAGAUGGUAAUGAUAUGGGUUCAUAGCCAAGCUGUACCUAAGUGAUCAAGAGGUUGUUAUCGGCUGUUUGGGUGACGAUUCUGAUAAUAUUAGGAACAGGGCAAUAUGUAGGCAUUCUUUACAUAUUUUAGAAGAAUAUCUCAUGGGGGUCAUGUCUGUCAGGCUGUUUCUCUGUUACUUAGUGCUAGUGCCUAAACUGUUGGGAAGAUUGUUUUAAAAUUCAGUAUAAUGUUUCAUUAAAUGUUAUGUGGCAUUUCCAAUUUUCAUCUAUAUUGACUUAUGAUAAAAAGUCCACUAUAUUUAAAGGCCAUAAAUGAAUAAUUGGACUGCACAUAAGCAUACUGAAAUACAGGGAAUGUAUUUGGAAUUUUUGUGCAGUAAUGUUUAAAACUGACAUGCUUGAAUUCUUUUAUAAUUUAACACAAAUAUUCAUUAUUUAUUGAAAUUAGUAAGCAUUGUUUGAUUAAAUGCUAGGGCCAGUGUAAUAACAAGGACCAAAGUUGAAAACUACUUGCUGAUAAACUGGUAUGAGAUAAUUCCAGGAAUGUGUUGUUUGAAUAUCAGUGUUUAAAUGUCGGCCCCACCUGCUGAGCUCUAAUAUUUGCAAAAGCAUGCAGAGAGAAUAAAGGCAAUAAUAUUUGUAUCAGCCAUCAUCUACAGUGACAGCUGGGGGUAGACUCGGGCACUCCUCACGAAGUAAUAUUCACAUUACAGGGGGUGCUGUGUGUUCUGACUUGCAACAAGAGAUCAGAUUGUCAGUAUUAUUAUGUGUUAUAAAUUUCAUCUUUCAUGCAGAAUGUGUAGGGAUGAGGCUGUGCUGUAAUUCAAGCAGUCUGAUACUUCUCCUUGGAGAGAUUUUGCCUCAAUCCUGCACGAUUUUCUGUCAGAUUCAUGGUGGACAGAGUGGCAUUAGAACAGGUUUCUCUCAAAAUUUCUUCAGUUUUGCCCUUCUAAUUGUCAUUCCACCAUUGAUGCAUAUGCAUCUGUCACCACCCCCUGAGGUGUACAAGAGCCCACACUUAGCAGCGCUUUAUCGCAUCUCUUAGUCUUUAAAGCUGGUGUUGUAAUCUCUGGCCUGACAAUCGACUGAUUAUAGGGUAAGGAAGUCAGGUUUACUAAAUAGGUGAUAUGUAUGGUAUUAAACAAAUAAUGUCUUCUAUGGUCCGAUAUUGAAGAAA